AUGCCAGAAGCUUUGAUCAACGACAACAAUAACAAGGUUUGUUUUGAAAAAUUUUCUAUAAAAAUAUUAAAUCAAGAAUUGUUUCAGUUUUCUCGAAUUUCAAGUGAUGCCACUGAAUUGGAAUUCAAUUGCGUGUUCUCCGAAUUGAAAACUUGGGAUGGAAGUCGAAGGGAAAGUGAGAUUAUUGAAGUGGAUGGAGAUUUGAAAUUGAAAUGGUGAUAACAUUUUUGCCCUGAAAAUUCACAAAAAUAGUGUUUUCUUUAGGAAAAUUUCAAUCUACAAAACCAUCAAAGACGGAGAAAUCUAUUUGUCAUGCGAAGUCGAACUUUUGCCCGAAUCCUUCACAAAUCAAGCAUGGUUAUUGAGCAUACAAGAUCAGACUUUUGUCAUUUUUCGCAAUGAAGAAGAUGUCGAUCCUAAUUUGGACGAAAAAGAUGAAUAUGGUGAAGUGGGAAAUUAUAGAAUGGGCGAGGAUAAAAAUUGGAAUUAUACAGCAAAUCAUAAUAUUUGCAAGUAUUUUGCGAUGAGAAAAUGGAGCGUUUUUUCGCAUAUGGAAUAUUUUCGAGCACAAAUUUUGGCUGAUUAUAAGUUUUAUGAUUUUUCGGAAAUUGUUCCGGAUUAUACUGAUCUUACACUUCGAGUGGAGGAUAUUGAUUUUCAUGUUAAUAAAGGGGUUGGUUUGGUUUUAAAGGGUUGGUCCUCCGCCAAGGAAUCUUGCUUGGUUUAGAUAAGAAUAAGGUGCUCCUGGAAGGUUCCAGUUUUAGAAAAAAUUCUAGUAUCAAUUCAGCCCAUGUUUUCCUCAAAAACACAAGCGAGUUAAAACCUACGAAAUAAAGCAUGUAAAUGCGCUCUAGCGCACAACUUGUUUUUGAAUUUUUGUGUGUGUGUUUGCACACAACUUUGAAAAUAACACGGUGACGCCUUUUUGCAGACGAUUUUUUCACCAGGAAAGCACCAACCCUUUAAGCUUCAAAAUAGAAGAAAUAAAAUAAAAAUUUCAGCUUCUCGCAUCUUUUUCGCAAUACUUCUACGAAUUGUUUUUCAUUGAGAAAUGCACGGAAAAUACUGUUCGUUUUUCAGCGAAGGAAACGCGCUCCAACUACAUACCGUAG